AUGGCUCGUCCUAGCAAUUACAAUCCUCUCCAUUGUUUUUUGUCCCGUCAAAUUGACGACCGUUUUAACUAUUGCAAGCAACUUAUCAACGCAAGAUUUUCAAACUCGGAGAAUUUGUAUCGAAAAGAUUUGAUGUCGCAUUAUGGUUGUGUCAACGCAAUUGAAUUCUCCAAAGAAGGUCAUCUUCUUGUCUCAGGUGGAGAUGACAGAAGAGUUCUUUUAUGGAAAGUUGAUCAAGCAUUACAAGGUUUGGGUAAACCUAAGGCUAUGAAAGCGCAACAUAAUAGUAAUAUUUUUUGCCUUGGAUACGAUAGUAGCAACAGUAAAAUAUUCUCAGGUGGCAAUGACGAUCAAGUUAUUGUCCAUGAUCUGACAACUGGAGAUCCAUUGGAAUUUUUCCUUCAUGAAAAGCCAGUCUAUGGAUUGUCAGUUCAUCCAGACGAUGAUAAUAUAUUUUCUAGUGCCUGCGACGACGGAAGAGUCUUAGUGUAUGAUAUAAGAAAUCACAGUAGCUCUGAAUCGCUAUGUUUGGCGCAAUACAAAACUCCCUUUCAUUCUGUGAUGUUCAACCCUGUGGAACCGAGACAACUCGCCACUGCUAAUGCUGAGGAAGGAGUCAGCAUGUGGGAUAUACGAAAACCACUAAAAUCUUUGCUGCGGUAUGGAGCUGAAGGCCCAUCUCAAAGUUGCAUGAAUGUUCGGUUUAAUUCAGCUGGUACCCGAUUGUUAGCAUUAAAACGUCGUUUACCACCUGUUUUGUAUGCUGUUGAUUCGCCGAAACUCUUGUGUCAUUUUGAUCAGCCGGGUUAUUAUAAUAGCUGCACAAUGAAGUCUUGUUGCUUUGCCGGAGACGAUGAAUCAUACAUUCUCUCAGGUUCCGAUGAUUUCAAUCUGUACAUGUGGAAAAUUCCUAAAGACGAUAGUAAUUGGGUUAAAUCAGCUCAUAUGAUUCUACGUGGGCAUCGCUCAAUCGUAAAUCACGUAAGAUACAAUUCGAGACAUAGCAUACUGGCUUCGUCGGGUGUUGAAAAAAUUAUCAAAGUUUGGAGCCCAUUUAGUCUUGGAAAUGGAUGUUUGGGAAGCUUAACUAAAUUUGACGGAAAAUUAGAAAGACAACGUAAAGUAUACACACACGAUGAGUAUAUAAAAUUGAUACUUCGAAGUGGUCAAUUUAUGACCCACGAUUACAGCCAUCAGUCAACAAGGGAAGAUCCGCGAAUGAUGGCUUUCUUCGACUCACUAGUACAGCGUGAAAUUGAAGGAUGGAGUUCAGAUGCAGCAUCUGGUCAGCGUGAUCCGGAUGACUCUGAAGAUGUAACAAUUGUUCCUCCUGAGUACAGUUCAACAGAUUCUGAUGAUUCAACUGCGUCUGACACGCAAUUAAUGAGAAGUGUACUGGGAGCUAAAAAAGAAGCACGACACAAAUUUCCUGGAGGAGUUGCACCCGAGAGACCAUUUGAAUCUCCCAAUCGUAUUACUCGAUUAAUCGGCAGCUGUCGUGACAAAUUGAUGAAACUAGCAGCAUUAGAAAACGGUUCAACAUUAAAGCCCUCGAGCGCGUUAACAGGAGCCGACGAUUCUGAUUCAGAUCAGACGGUGCGAGAAAACAAAGGAAAGUAUACGAGUAGAUGUAAAUUAAAAUCCAAAUCACGUGUCAAAAGUACGAAACAAAAACAGAUACGAAUGUCAACUAGAAAUAAAGUACGAAGAAAAUGUACUGUUUUAAGAAUAGUUAGUGAUGCUGAAAGUGAUAUAGAGUGUGUUCCCAAAAGUAAAAGUCGUUCUAAGGAACUAAGAAGUAAUUCUAGUAAUAAUAAUAAUAAUAAUAAUAAUAAUGUUAAUAAUCAUCAUCACAACAACAACAAUAAUAAUUUAGCUGUUGAUACAGCACAACCAAGUACAAGUGCUGGAAUAAGUUCACGUAGUUCACGUUACUCUGCCAAGGCAAUAGCAGUUGACAGUGAUUUUAAUGAAUCUAAUCACUCUAGUGCCAGUUCUGAUGAUACUGAAGAUAUUCCGAAAAAACGUCGCUGUUUAAAAGUUGACAACGAGAAAGCUACUAGCAAAGGAUACAGACGAAAACCCGAAAGGUGUAAACAAUCAAAAUCGAGUCGUGAUAAAAUUAAAAAUAAUCAUAGUAGUAGUGUUAAUAAUAAUCACAUUAAUAAUAUUAAUAUCAAUGAUUCAAGUAUAAACAAUAAUAAUAAUAAUAAUAAUAAUAAUAGUAGUAGUAGUAGUAUUAAUAUUAGUGAUACGCAAAAUGAAGAAUUAACAACUCCUGUAAAAGUUAAUCGUAAAAUGCCACCUCCAACACCUGAUAGCGGUAUAGCUUCAUCAGGCAGUGGAUCAACGGUAGAAAAAUGUGAUUCAACUCCAGAAACUUCAUUCAAUGGAGUUGAAAAUUCUGAUCAUGAGAGAAUUUUUACACGUCUUGAAUGUCUUAAGAAAAAAAUUGAUGCUGCCCGGAAAGGUUACCGUAAAAGAUCAGCAAACUAA